AUGGCGGCUCUUUUCCUAGCCGCUCCCGCUGCGCGAGAGCACUUCAUCUCGCUCCAUUUUGGAGUAGUGAUCACCGGAGGCAUAGAAGCGGCGAUACACACUGCGCGCACCUACCUGGAGGACCCCAUUGGGCCACCCACCGGCUGUGCUGCUCGAGUGCGCGGACGCCUUUCUGGAGCAGCAGAGCCGCUACCGCUCCUCUCACAGAUGGACCCGCAGCUAUGCGUGCUACUGCUCACCCGCUGUGUGAGUCGCCGCGCCUCGUUCCUGGUCAGAGCCACACCUCUCGAGGCCCUGCCGCUAGGGGAAUGGUCCGCCUGGGGGGAAGAUCUGCUCCACACCUACCUGGCUGCCGCACACACAACGAUCCCCAGGGACCGGGCAGAGAGGGACAGAAUCUGGCAGCAGGCCACCCUGCUAGCGUCUCUGGGAGGCCUCGGCAUCACAAACCCUGCAGUGGAGGGGGGAUUCGAUUACCUGGCUUCAGUCGUUUCUGCCGCCCACCUGCUGCGCUGCUUCGGCGACUCAGCAAACCCGGCUCUCACAAAACUCCUGCCGCUGAUGGAUGCUGACAGGGAGUCCACCUCCCUCCUCCCGAGACGCCUAGCUGCCUUGGAAAGCGGAGCUGCUGCCUGA